AUGAGAAAUUCAACAUUAAAUAAACUAUCAGAGUAGCGAUAAUAAGGGAAGAAUUCUUCAAACCUUUCUGAUUUGACAGUUUAAGAAUCAAGCAAUUAUCGUUUAAGAUUUACUCCAUUAAGCUCACCAUCAGCUAGACAUAAAGGAACAAUUUUGAUGAAAAGUCAUGAAACAAUAAUACUGAAUAUGUUGUCAUCCACUCAUAGAUAAAUAGAUUAACCAUUUAAGGCUUGUCAAGAAUGCAAUUAGGAUUUUGGUAUGGUUCACCAAUAUUGUCAGUGUAAAGGAAUCACAUAUCACGAAAAGUGCAUAUAGGAUACAGCUAGAAGGAAUGCCAAGAAAUAGAAGGAAUAAGCAUUUAUUUGCAAAAAUGAAUGUUCCUAUCCAUUCUAAAUUAAUGGAUACUAUAUGUAUGAAAUGGUGUAGAAUUAGGAGAGACAUUAAUACUCUUGGAAAGUGGCUCAUUCUUACAAUAGUGAUUGUCUUUCUUGUGUUACUUAUUUUGGCAAUAAGUAUUUUCGUUUUUCUAGAGGCAUUCAAUAGUAUUGAUAUCAUCUUAAUUGUAAUUGCAAUGAUUGCACUUUUAAUUCUGAUUACUGUUUUGCUGAAUAAACUCAAGCUCAAUUAUUAUAUAUUAUACUGGCAUCUUAAACCUUCUUUAAUAGAUUAAAGACAAGUGACAAAUCAUAAAAUAAUUGAAUUAUAAGAUCUCUUGCCUUUUGUUUUAUCUGAUAGAGACUCAAUUAUAUAUUCACCAUAACCAAAAGAAGAAGAUUAAAUUAUUGAAUAAUGA